AUGCCCAGGACUGUAGGCCACUUCUUCGACAUCGCACCAAUGACCCGCGCGCAAGGCGGGCCUAUUCAGGGUUAUCUGGCCAAUCCAGAUUUCCCCGCCUCGCCGAACGAGGAGCAGACUGUUUACAAAGUUGAUAGGCAUGACUUCUCGAUCCGCCUAGCGCAACUACUGAACUCUUUCUGGCUCCUGUCGGCGGGACCUUAUGCUACCCCAUAUGGUAUAGACGGCGAUACUAGGGGUAACGGCCAAGCGGUACAGAUCAGUGAAGCUCAUGGCCGUGCUGUCAGGGCUUUUCAGGUGAUACAAUGUCACACAAUCUGGCUGGUAUUCCUCAUCGUGGCGUCAACAUUUCUGAUGGCGGCGUGCAUAUUGUCUGCGGUCUUGAGACCGAGAUGGAACGCUGUGGAGCUUUCUCUCAACGUCUCGAGUAUGACUAGGGAUACCCCGUACGUGAAUGUUCCGGAUGGAGGGUCAUACCUGGAUGGCGAUGAACGCUCACGGCUGUUGAGGGAGUAUAAGGUGAUGUUUGGUGAUGUGGCGCCGCAGAAGGAGGUGGGAUAUUUGGCUGUUGCCAGUUGUGAGAGGUUCGCCGGGAGUGGAAGCGUGAGCGAGGCGAGGAGGACGAGAGUCUAUGAUUGA